AUGGAACCAGUGCACUACAACUACGAGGACUUUGCCUGGCUGCCCACCGCCGUGUUCAGGAUCAUGGGCUAUGACAUGCUGGGCUCCCCGAAGACUCGUUCCCGGAGGAUACUAAUGCGUCUAUAUCGCAUUUUGUGUCUUGGCUGUCACGGCUUUUGUGUGGGAUUCAUGAUUUUCCGGAUAGUGGAGGGCAAAACCAUUAACAACAUCUCGCUGAUCAUGCGCUAUAGCACUCUGGUCACCUAUGUCAUUAAUUCGGACACCAAGUACGCCACCGCCAUGCAGCGCAGUGCCAUCCAGAGUCUGGAUACCAAGCUGGCUGACCUGUAUCCGAAGACCACGCUGGACAAGAUCUACCUUCGGGUGAAUGAGCACUAUUGGUCCAAGAUGUUCGUCUACCUAGUUCUCUUUUACAUUGGGUCUUCGAUAAUGGUGGUCAUUGGACCUAUUAUACAAUCGAUUAUAUCGUAUUGGACGAACAGUGGCUUCACCUACAUGCACUGCUAUCCCUACUUCAUAUUCGAUCCCGAGAAGGAUUCUGUAUGGAUCUACGUGGGCAUCUAUGCCGUAGAGUGGCUGCACAGCACACAGAUGGUUAUAUCCAACGUAGCUGCAGAUCUCUGGCUGAUUUAUUUUCAAACGCAAAUAAAUAUGCACUUUAGGGGCAUUAUAAGAUCGCUGAAGGACCAUAAGCCCAGUGUGGAUCGUGAGGACCAAGACCGACAAUUUGUGGCGCAAAUAGUGGAGAAGCAUGUGUAUCUGGUCAAGUUACAAAACUACCUCAAUGGCAUUUUUGGGGGUUCCCUGCUCCUGAGCCUGCUGACCACCGCCGCAGUUCUCUGCACAGUAUCGGUUUACACUCUAAUACAGGGUCUCACCCUGGAGGGAGUUUCCUAUGUGAUUUUCAUUGCCACCUCAACUUUGCAGGUAUUUCUGGUAUGUUACUACGGCCAGGAAGUGUUUGAUUUGAGUUCAGACAUUGCCCAUGCCGUUUACAACCAUGACUUUCACAACGCCUCGAUAUCCUACAAGAAGUGGCUGCUGAUCAUCAUCAUUCGGGCACAGCAGCCCGUUGAGCUGAGUGCCAUGGGCUACCUGCCCAUAUCGCUGGAUACCUUCAAGCAGGUGAUGAGCGUUACUUACCGCGUCAUAACCAUGCUCAGGCAGAUGAUUCAGUAG